UCCGCCGCCGCCGCCGAUUUCUCUAGCAUACUGCGAGGAAGCGCAGCGCGAUGGCGGGCAAGAAGAAGGCAGCCGCGGCGUCCAAGGCCCGCAAGCCGAAGCAGCGCGAUGCAGUAAAGAAGUUGGGGAAGAAGGCCGACAUGUCGGAGUUCAGGGCGCAGCUGGACUCCAUUGGGGUCAAGAUAGUCGAGGUCACCGCCGAUGGCAACUGCUUCUUCAGUCUGCAGGGCAAUGGGUGACCAGCUUGAGGGCGAUGAAGAGAAGCACAUGAAGUACCGGGAGAUGGUUGUGCACUACAUCGUGGAACACCGUGAGGAGUUUGAGCCCUUCAUCGAGGAUGAGGUGCCGUUCGAUGAAUACUGUGACUCUAUGAUGAAGGAUGGGACUUGGGCUGGCAAUAUGGAGUUGCAGGCGGGCUCUCUUGUCACCAACAGGAACAUAUGCAUUCACAUGCUUAACUCACCACGAUGGUACAUAAAUAACUUUUCUGGUCGUGAAGCCAGCAAUAUGGUUCAUUUAUCGUAUCAUCACGGUGAGCACUACAACAGUGUCAGACUGACUGAAGAUCCAUGCCAAGGCCCUGCAAUGCCAGUUGUUAUCAAGACAGAUGCCAAUGUAGCCAGCACAAGCAAUAGUGCUCAAACAAAAGCAAAAGACCUAAAGAAAUCUUCGAACAGGUCAACCUAUGACGAUAGAUCGGUUAAACGGGUCAUGGAUGGAACUGGAUGUUCUGAUGCCACUGUAGCUGAACAUGUUUUGGGGGAAUUUGAUGGUGAUGUUGAUGCUGCUGUUGAGUACAUGAUAGCUGAACUAGUUGCAAUGUGUUCUGAUAAUGUGGAUGAAGAUCUUUAUAUGGACUAUGCGUGCAAGGAAGAUGAGCUUAGCACAUCCCAGAAUGGGAACCAAAUAAAUUACCACAAGGAAGAAGAAAGCUGUUCUAGUAAAGAUGAAACAGUUCAGAAAUCCAAAAGUUCACAUGCUAAGAAGGAUAAGUCCAAUUCCAAGGAGUGCUCUUGUGGAUCUGCAAAGAAGCACAAGGCUUCUUGUAGUUUAGCCACGGCUGUAGCGUCAAAAGCACCUCCACGGACCAAAGGUGGCCAAGGGAAGGCUCAGAAAGGGAAGAAGCAAAAGAAGAAAGAACCUGAAGCAGCACCCGUCAAGGAGCGCAAGUCUACGGUACCCCUACCAGAUCUAGGAGCUCUCUGCAUAUGAACCACCUUUUAACGGUGACCGCACUCUGACGUAUGGAAACCCAGGCAUAAGUUUUCAAGAGAUGCCUGACUUGCCUUUGCUAGAACUGCACUGUUCUAGCUGAAUGCCGUACCGUAUGAUUGUUGUCUACUAUUCUAGCGGUAUGAUUGGGAGAAUGGGAUGAAUGAUGGUGUUGGCAGAUUAAUUAGCAGGUUUCCGUGGGGUUUUACAUACAGCUGAUUUCUGGUGGUGAAACCUCACUUGUGAACAGUGCAAUAUAUGUAUACGGUAAUCAGUUACCUGAAGCUUUUGGUUUCA